CUGACCGGCUGUUGGGCUGCUCUUCAACUCACAAAGUCACAAACAGUUGCAACGUAAUCUCUCUCCUCAAUUCCCAGUACCCAAUUUGCCAUUUGGUUUAAGGUGGCAAAAAUGGCAACGACAUUAUCUGAUUUGAAAGAGGAAGUGAAGAAGAAGAAGGAGGGAUUGGGAUGGAUAGAGUGGUUGAGAGGUUGGUUCUAUGUGGUGUAUGAGAUGUUGUUCCAAAGAAUCACUGCCAGCCAUUUGCAAAACCCAAUGCCUUUGCCUCCUGUCAAUGAUCUCACAUGCAUUGUCACUGGAUCCACUAGCGGUAUUGGCCGUGAAAUUGCCAGGCAGUUGGCGGAGGCCGGUGCACAUGUUGUAAUGGCAGUGAGAAACACCAAAGCAGCUGAGGAGCUGAUCCAGAAGUGGCAGAAUGAAUGGUCAGGAAUGGGCCUUCCUCUCAAUAUCGAGGUGAUGGAACUUGAUCUACUCUCCUUGGAUUCUGUUGUGAGAUUUUGUGAAGCUUGGAAUGCACGAUUGGGAUCUCUGCAUGUUCUUAUCAACAAUGCUGGGAUAUUUUCAAUUGGAGAGCCACAAAAAUUUUCAAAAGAUGGGUAUGAAGAGCACUUACAAGUUAAUCAUCUGGCUCCAGCACUGCUAUCAGUAUUGCUACUGCCAUCCCUUAUUAGAGGCUCUCCAAGUCGAAUUGUUAAUGUCAAUUCCGUUAUGCAUUAUGUUGGGUUCGUUGACACAGACGACAUGAACGUUGUUUCUGGGAAAAGAAAGUAUACAAGCUUAGUGGGUUAUUCAAGCAGCAAGCUCGCACAGAUCAUGUUUAGUAGUGUCUUACAUAAGCGGCUGCCUGCUGAAGCUGGUAUUUCUGUAGCAUGUGUUUCUCCUGGUGUUGUCCAGACAAACGUUGCGAGGGAUCUUCCCAGUAUUGUUCAAGCUGGUUAUCGUUUGAUACCCUAUUUUAUCUUUAGUCCUCAAGAAGGUUCGAGGAGUGCUCUCUUUGCAGCCACUGAUCCUCAGGUUCCAGAGUACUGUCAAUUGUUGAAAUCAGAUGACUUUCCUGUUUGCGCUUUCAUUUCUCAAGAUUGCAAUCCAACCAAUCCUUCUGAAGAAGCUCAUGAUGUUGAGACUUCACACAAAGUAUGGGAAAAGACAUUUGAGAUGAUUGGCCUUCCAUCUGAUGCUGUGGAGAGGCUCAUAGAAGGGGAGGAAGUUGCAUGCAGAUAUGGGGGCUCAUAAUGAGUAACCUUUUUUCCCAUGAUAGCAGAGGUCUUGUGUCCAAUGUAUGGAUGAUUGUUUUUAAAGUCAAACGCAGAAAUUGCCAUUCAGUUUUGCAAUGGAAGGAAUGGGAGUACCAUAAGCAUUCUGAUUCUGGUAGGCACAUGAAGAGCUGGUUAUUCUUUGUACACCAUGAUCUUAUUAAUUUGUGUUUAUACGGGAUCUGAUCUAGUUACUGAUUUACUCACCCGUGUUUACAGCGACCGGCCUGUUAAUUUAGAGAAGCUUGAAACACAAGGAUUAUUUAUCCCAAGGGUAGUGUCGAUUGAGUUUAAGAAUAUGCUUGCCCCGUUAUGU